AAACAAUAAGAGGGAGAGAGUAUUAGUGAUAUAUAUUCCGUACUCAAGUGAUAGGUUCAUAGCUAGAGUCCUCAUAGGACUCACCUAGACGUUAGGGGGCGGACUAGCAGCAACCCAAGCGUAUUAGUGCGAACCACUCACAUUUCUUCUUUAACUCUCACUUGGGAUGGGAAAUCUCAGAACUUCCCUGAAAAUGAAGGACAAGGUGCUGUACUUGCCGACGGUGUCUCUGAAGCAUUUGCUGGCGGUCUCGGUUGCGCUGAAUGUGGCGUUGGUUCUUAAACUCCUGCACGACGGAGAUGAAAUGGUUGGGUGGUUCGCGGCUGAGGAGACGGCGACGGGAGCUUCAGCAAGUUCACACCCGGAGAUAACCUCUGCCGUUGCUUCUUCUAGUUUGCAGCAAGAAUACAUCAAUCUUGACCAUGGUGAUCCAACCAUGUAUGAGAGCUACUGGAAACAGAUGGGAGAUAAGACCACAGUUGUGUUUUCUGGUUGGCAAUCCAUUAGUUACUUUUCAGAUGGUGGAAACCUUUGCUGGUUCAUGGAGCCAGAUUUUGCAAAUGCAGUAAAGAGAUUGCACAAUGUAGUUGGAAAUGCUGCCACUGAGAAUUAUCAUAUUGUUGUCGGAACAGGAUCUACUCAACUCUACCAGGCGGUUUUAUAUGCUCUAUGCCCGCCAGACACUCCCGAACCCAUAAGUGUUGUGUCGGCCGCACCUUUUUAUUCACACUAUCCAAUGGCAACCGAUUGCGUGAAGUCCGGGCUCCAUAAGUGGGAAGGAGAUGCCAGUACAUUUAACAAGAACAGCAAGCCUUACGUGGAGCUGGUGACAUCACCCAACAAUCCAGAUGGAUCAACAAGACAAGCUGUUGUAAAUGGAUCUGGACUGUUAGUUCAUGACCUGGCAUACUAUUGGCCUCAAUAUACUCCAAUUACUUAUCGGGCUGAAAAUGACAUAAUGCUGUUUACUGUCUCCAAAUGCACAGGCCAUGCUGGGACUCGCAUUGGUUGGGCUCUUGUUAAAGAUGAAAAAGUUGCAAAAAGGAUGACAAAAUUCAUGGAGAUAGUUAGCAUUGGUGUCUCAAAGGAGUCACAGCUACGAGCUGCAAAGAUUAUGAACGUCAUUUCCGAUGGAUACAAGGACAACGAGAAGUAUAACAACAACAAGCUGCCCUUCUUCAAGUACGGCUAUGAGGAAUUAGGAAGGCGGUGGGGAAAGCUGAGAGCAGCUGUGAACAAUGGAAACGUUUUCAGCCUACCCAACUUUCCUCUUGGGAAGUGCAACUUUAGUGGUCAUGAGUUUGAGACUCAACCAGCUUUUGCAUGGAUGAAAUGUGAGGGGGAAAUCAAUGAUUGUGAGGGCUUCCUUAAGAAGCACA